CAUCGAUAGGUUGUAAAAUGCCAGGGAGGAAACGAAGAAGAGACAAAAGUGAAAUAAGUUGUUGUUUAAAAUAUUUGAUUUUUGGUUUUAAUGUGAUAUUUUGGCUUAUAGGUUUAGCAAUCUUAGUCAUUGGAGUCUGGGCAUGGACAGAGAAAGAUAUUUUCAACAACUUAAGCCGGCUAACAAACAUUGCUCUUGACCCUGCUUUCAUACUAGUUUUGGUUGGGACUAUUACUUUCACAAUUGGGUUUACUGGAUGCGUAGGAGCUCUUCGGGAGAACACCUGUUUAUUAGCAGCAUAUGCCAUCUUUUUGGCCAUCCUGCUGCUACUGGAGAUGACUGCUGGAAUCUUAGGCUUUAUUUUCAAAGAUUGGAUAAAGAAUCAGGCUACAAAUGGUUUCCAGGCUUUUAUUGUCCAUUAUAGAGAUGAUCCUGAUCGACAAAAUCUCAUAGACUGGAUUCAAGAAGAAUGGCUGGAAUGUUGUGGUAUUGAAGGACCAAAAGACUGGGACAUGAACAAUUAUUUCAACUGUUCCAGUGUUGAUAUAGGUAGUCGGGAAGCUUGUGGAGUUCCAUUUUCUUGUUGUAAGCGGCAACCAAAUGAAAUGAUUAAAAACAAGCAAUGUGGAUAUGAUGUGAGAAAGAGAGAUUAUGCUGGUGACAAAUCAUCAGUUGUCUAUGAAAAGGGUUGUUUAAGAGCUGGUGAGGAGUGGAUAGAAGCUAACCUAGUACCGGUGGCAGGGGUGGCAGUGGGAGUUGCUGUUUUACAGAUACUUGGGAUUUGUUUUGCACAAAAUCUUCGAGCAGACAUUUUUGCCCAGAAAGCCAAGUGGCAUUAACUCAAUGCAUCUGUGAUAGUUUAUCCACAGAAGAAAACAUCCUCUCAAAACAAUGGUCACCACAUCUCUAUUAGUAUUAGUGCUGAAGCCAUCAGUAACAAGUUUUGUAUUAAUUUUAUUUUCUAUAAUAUUUUAUUAACAGUUACGUAUAGGACUCACAACUAUUGUUGUAAUUUUUUAAGUAUUAUUUUGUAUGUGGUGUAAAUUUCAGGGCAUUUGUAAAACUAUUCUUUUUUAUGUUCAUAAGAAAAUCAAGAUUUGAAUACUUGUUUAACUCAUUUUGUUACAUACAUGGAUGAAAGUUCUCUGUCUGUAGAUUCAAAUGUGUCAAAAUAGCUUUUCCCAGGCAUGAUUUAAAUUUAAUGUGACCUAAACACAUUUUAAAUUUUAUUGGUCUAAACUUCCAACCAUUUUAAUUUUUACAAGGAAAAGAUCAUAAUUGGUUAAUUCAGUGAUAUGUUGUUUUUUUUAUGCACAACUGGAAUUAAAUGGGCAUACAUGUAAAAGGAUUGAGUAUUAACGUUUAAAAAAUUAAAUAGUCUUGUGUGAUUAUCAGGUUGGUCCAGCUGGUAACAUGGUAAGAAGUUGAAAAUGAUUUUUGAAUUUCUUUGUUUCUACAAAGCCAAGUUAAAAUCUGAUUCUGAAAGUUGUCUAAAAUGGCUCAGAAUGCAUCUUUUGGGGACCUAGGCCCCCAAACCCCCAGCCAAUAGAUAUGCUUCAGUCGCAAUUACCAUCGGACACUUUCACCCAUGUAUAUAUAUAAAUUGGGCUUCAGUUUGACUUAAUACCUUCAUUAUUUUGAUACAUAUUAGUUUUUACUUAUUGAUGUGAUGUUAAUAUAUUUACCUAAGUAUUAUUGAGUGAUAAUUUAGGAAGUUUGCUGGACAUCACCCAAUUUAACUACAGUUAUUAGCUUAUUUAUAAGACUUGGGUUAUGGAAAUUAUGGGGGAGGGGUUAGAAUAUAAUUUUUAUAAACCAUCUGUUUAUCCAGAAUCUGUAGUAGAAUAAAAUGUUUAUUUUUCAUGUAGAAAAUUUUUAUCUAUCUUUAUUCUAUUUUGUGUUGUUAUUAUAUACCAUUUAUGUAUGUAAGUAUGUAUAUUUUCCUGAAACACUAAAACAAAAAGUUACUUCAUUGAAGUGGAUAGUAAAUAGCACAUCAGUGUGAUGUUCAGUGAUUUCUGUAUUUAUCUACCUAGUUUUGUGACAUAUCAGUUCACUCCAAGUUUCUAUAAGGACCAUUUUCUAAGGUGAUUUAAUGUCACAGAAUUGACAUAAUUUUCAUAAAUAGAAAAUUAUUUGUAAAAUUACCCGAAGAGUGACUGUUGUUUCCCAAAGCUGGUACUUCUUGUAAUUACUUAUUUUUUUUUACCAAAGCAUUAUUAUUAUUAUUAUUAUCAGACUAUCUAUGUAUAUAUUAUUAAUGUGUCCUCUAAAAUUAUAUGUCAAUGUCAUUUGUGUUAGCAAUAAAAAUCUCUUAUUAUUUAAAGGAAAUAGUAAAUAUAUAUUUGUUUUCUGAUCACUUUGGAAUUUAUAAUUAUUCCAAAUCAAAACUUUAGAUCAGUUUUCUUAAUUCAAGUGUUUACCAAAGGGGGAGUUUAAGAUGCUAUAGUCAGAUCAGUAGUAGUCAUGCUUAAUGUUCCAACUAUUUCUUUAAUACUUCAAUAUCUUCUGUCUCGAGCUCACAAUUUUGUGAAUGCUACUGUUUAGCUGAGGAAUGAGAGUUUCAUUUUGAAAAUAACAUUUAUAUGAGGAGUUGAGUCAUUUAGUAUUAGAUCUAGUCUUUUAGGUUUUCUUCUAUCUUUAAAAAAGAAUUAAAACCAGUUGCUCCUUUCUUUGUGUAUUUUAUUUGGAGUAUUACUAAAAUGCUAGAACUCUUAUUACAGUUUAAAGAUAUUUCAGAUGUCAGACUGAAAGUACACAUUAUUUUUUUUACAUCAGUAUCAUACGUAUGACUGUGCAGUACCUUUUUCAGUACCGAAAAAUAUCUUGCAUUUGUGCUGACAUUGUAAAAUAAAGUUAUAUAUUGGAAGCAGCAAAUAUUUUUAUUUCUGACAAGGUUUUAAAGUUCAGUCACUAAGAAACCAAACAAUAGAUCAGAUACAUCAUAUUUGUUUGUUAGAGUGAAGCAUUUUACUUCUUUUUGAUUUUAGUUGAUUGAUUUUAUACACUGCCAUCAAAUAUUUUGGAUGUCUUGAAUAAAUUAUAGGAAGAAUUUCUCACACAAAGUAAUACUUUUCAAUUAUGUCUAAAAAAAAUAUGUUUAAAAGCAUCUAAACAAAGAGGAUUUGCUAAGUUUAUCUAAUGUUGUCGAGUGAUAAGCUUUGAAUGAAGUAUGAAGUUUACAACAGUUCAGACUGUCACAUGUUACAGUAUCAGUAAUGAUAUAUAUCAUUAAACAGUGAUAGAAAUGAAUAGUGGCUAAGUAAGGGGAAAAUUGGAAUAAAUAUAACUGUACACCUGUAUAUUUAUUAAUGGUAGAUUCUGGCUGUUUGAUAGAGCUUCUUCAGCUUUUUCUGUGAUUUAUAUUGUUCUUUCUGCCAAUUAUUUUAUUAUCUAGAAAAUAAAAGAAAUGAUUAUAUUUAAUCAUUGGUUCAAUUUAAACUAAAGUUAUUAAAUGUUUUUUCAAUCGUGUUGAAAGCUCUUUAUUAGUUUUUCCAAUGUAAAUACAGUCAGUCUUGUUUUACAUUUAGUUAUGUCUUUGCUGAGAGACAUGCUGUUUUUCUAUUCUUUCUUCUUCUUAACACUUUUCUAUCAAUUGCCAUUCCCUCAUUUUUUGUAAGACUGACUUGAAACUUGGUAGUAUUGUACCUUGGUCUAGUAUACCCAGAUUUGUUUUUAAUUUUCUUUUAUUUAUGCCUUUUUAAGGAUUUUAUGGUAUAAAAAGCUGAAUGACCCCAAAAUGUAUAUUUUGGGCUCCUGUACAGUCAUAUUUACAGCAGUCAAGGUGAAAAUAAUUACAGCAGAACACUGCAAAAU